UACGCAAUCAGAGCCUCCCGAUUCUCUUAUUGUUGCUUCUCUCUUGAAAUGCUGACUGAACUCUGUCAUGGACUCUGUUAUAACAAAACCAACAUUUAGCUCUUUCUGUUUCAAUUCCAUAAACACCAAAACCAAAAUUUUCUGCGGCCCACCACACUCAUCGUUCUUUAAAUUCAGUCAGUUUAACGAAGUCAAAACCUUUUCAGUCAUCUCUUUUUGUUACAAAAACCCUUCAAAUGCCGAUAACCUCGACUCAGAAUCUAAUAAAAAUAGCAGUCUGAAUUUCCCUUUAAACCCUUUAUGUAUUUUGUUUCCAAUCUUACAGUCUAUCAAAGGUUUAGCCUCUUCAAUAACUGCAAAAUGGGUGUCACGUCUGCAAGCUCAUAACCAUGAGUUAGAGAGUCUCUUACAUCAGCACAAGAGUAACCAUUACUUGCAAAACGGGGCGUUUGGGGUGGCUUUAUUAAGCGCGACUUCGAAUGCAAAAGUCAAAUUCAGUCCAUUUUUAGCCACGCUGGCUGCGAACCCCACAUUUGUGUCUGGUUUAUUUGCUUGGAUUGCAGCACAAUCUAUAAAGGUGGCUUUGAAUUUCUUUGUGGAGAGAAAAUUGGAUUUUACAAUACUAUUUGCCUCCGGAGGGAUGCCCUCUUCGCACUCGGCUUUAUGCACGGCUUUGACUACUUCAGUGGCGCUUUGUCAUGGAGUGGCAGAUUCCUUAUUUCCUGUUUGUUUGGGGUUUAGUUCCAUUGUUAUGUAUGAUGCGAUUGGUGUUCGACGCCAUGCUGGGAUGCAAGCUGAGAUUUUGGCUCCAUAGCCCUGUCACAAGAUAUUGUAUGCUUUUGACACUGUAAAGAUAUAAAACCACUUGACGGUGAACUCACGUGCUUGUCUUAGUAUUCCAAAGGAUGUGGCAUAUGUGAGAUGCCUAUACAUGUAUAACAUCUCUCCCAAGCAUUACAUGUGAGAUUUGCAUAGAGUCGGCACAUUGCUUAGACAAUGCUUUUCUUGCUUGAAUGGAACAGUGAUCUUUCUUCAUUGUAUCAUAUCUUUGUUUGAGUUUUACAUUGUCAGGCUCGUUAUCAUUACAGAUGAAAGGAAUGAGAUGACAAGUAAUACAUGGUUACCCUUAAUUGUUGCACCUACCUUUUUCUUUCA